CCACCUCUAAUGCUCUGCUUUUCCGGGCUUCUGCCCAAAAAUAAUAUAAAAUAAAACCCGCCGGACGGAGCAAAUGUCACCGGAAGUGGAGACAGCUUGAGUAGCAACCGAGAAGCUGAGCCGCCCUCUUCCCGCCGCGGGAGUGUCCAGACCAAGAGAUCCGUCUCCAUUGCUGCAGUCGUGAGAAACCGGAAGAUGACAGAGAAGGUUACCAAACUGGCGCUGGCCAGUCGCCUCAUCGUGCUCAUGGUCCAACUGAUGGCCAAUGGAGCCCUGCCGGCGCACAAGCCGGACGUAUUCCGUAUGCCGGUAUCGGACGAGCCGAAGGGAUGCUGCGAGUGGAUAGACAAGCUGGUGCAGCGCUGCUUUGGCGGCUUAAGGCACUGGGAUGGAGAGUACUUCCUGCACAUUGCCAAGAAUCUGUACUCCUACGAGAACACCCUGGCCUUCUACCCACUGUAUCCGGUUGUGGUGCGUCACGUGGCGCAGGCAUUGGAGCUUGUCGGGCUGCCCUUGUCCCCCGAUUCCAUCCUGCUCCUAGUGGCCAUCGGUCUGAACGUCUGGCUCUUCUGCGAGUCGGCCAAUCUGCUGUUCCAGCUCACCCACCGUAUGUUCAACGACCUAAACAAAAGCUGGUAUGCGGCUUUGAUAUACUGCUUCAAUCCUGCCACCAUUUUCUUCACGGCUGCCUACUCGGAGUCCUUCUUCGCCUACGCCAGCUUCUCUUUGAUGCUAGAGUGCCUGAAACCGACAGACCAUUUCCGGUUCCUACGUUUGGGUGCCGCUUUGGCCGCCUGUUUGGUGUGCCGUUCAAACGGAUUGAUCACCUUGGGAUUCCCGCUAUAUUUCUUCGCCCGCCAGCUGCUGGUCAAGAGCAAGGAGGGCACCUCCUGCUGGCAGAUGGGAAAGAUGGUCCUGACUAUGCUGGGAGCCUUGGGAAUUCUACACACCUACUAUUUCUACAUUUACCGGCUGUACUGCCUUCCCUCCACGACGGCGAUUCAUCCGAAGCACAUCGUGGACUACGCCGAGGAGCGUAAAUACCUAAUAUCUGGACGGGGAUCUGAAGGAUCUCCCUGGUGCCAGUACACGUUGCCAUUCCCGUACACCUACGUGCAAUCGCACUACUGGGAUGUGGGUUUUCUGCGCUACUACAAGUGGAAGCAGCUCCCCAACUUUCUGCUGGCCCUGCCCAUGCUGAGUUUCAUGCACUGGCACUGCUAUGAUUACCUGCGUGACUUCAUCAGGGCGGUCUGGGCAAAGGUCACGCCCUCUGGCUACAGGGAGCUGGUCAAGGAGCACAUCACAUUCCCCUUCGUGCUGCACGCUGCGUUUCUCACCCUCAUCUGCACCGUUUUUGUGCACAUCCAGGUGUCCACCCGACUGCUGGCCUCGGCCACACCAGUUUUCUACUGGUUUGCCGCCGACCACAUGCCCAAGACCCUGGCCCAGCUUAAGCUGCGCUCUAAGGCGGGAGCUCUCUUUAUAUGGUGUACUACCUACAGUUUGGUGGGUACGGUGCUGUUCUGCAACAAUUAUCCCUGGACGUAAGCUACUGGAGUAAUGGAGAGGGAGCUAGAGGAGCCGCUGGUUGCCAAAGAGACUGUUCACCCGCAGGGAUUGCUUUUUAGUCUGUAAAUAAUCGUCCAAUUUCUCUAAAUUUAAUUGAUCAUUUUUGAGGCGCUCAAAAGUAUUGGUUUCCCAUGUAAGUUUCUCAUCUAUAGACACUUUAAAUUAAAAAAAAUUGCAAAAUA